AUGUUAGCAGACCCUGAAGGAAAAGUAAGAUUGCAUAGUAGAAUAGCUUUUGAGGUUACUUGUAGUAAAGAAGAUGCAAAUUUUCAAAAUCUCUUGUGGGCAAUUCAAAUUAUGAGACAUCAUAGGUUAGAGAGAGUGGUGUUUGCUUGUGAAGAUGUGGCUUUGGCUGGAGCAGUUAAUAAGCCUAUGAGAUGGCAUGCAUAUAAGUUUCAAGGGUCUCUUGUGAGGAAAGGUUUGGAAGGCUUCAAAGAGUGGGAUUUAGAGGUAGAAAGAGGUGAAGCUUCUAGAGGAGUUAUUCUCAUUGUUCAGAGUGUUCCAAGAGAUGAUAGAUCGUAA